CCUCCAUUAAGAACCCUGUCAAAGCAACCUCAUAGCCAGCAACAUGGUUGAGUGGACAGACUUUGAGCGCGCCACAAUCCAAAGCAUCUUCUCGAAGAUGGACUACGAUGACGUGGGCCCCGCGGCUCUUUCCAGGUGUCUGGUCGUGUACCCCUGGACCCAGAGGUAUUUCGGUAACUUCGGAAACCUGUACAACGCCGCUGCCAUCCAGGGAAACCCCAAGGUCGCCGCUCACGGAAAGACCGUCUUGCACGGACUGGACCGGGCUGUCAAGAACAUGGAUGACAUCAAGGCCACCUACGCCGAGCUGAGUGUGCUGCACUCCGAGAAACUGCACGUAGAUCCCGACAACUUCAGGCUGCUGGCUGACUGCCUGACUAUUGUCGUUGCUGCGAGGAUGGGUGCUGACUUCACCGCUGAUGUCCAGGGCGCUUUCCAGAAGUUCCUGGCCGUCGUGGUGAGCUCCCUGGGCAGACAGUACCACUAGAGCCCCUCCGCUCAGAGACCGACGACCAUCAGAGUACCAACAAGCGCUGAUCAUUUGUUUAGAGGCACAUGUUGUUCCUUCUACUAAAGCAAAUAAAAUCUUCCGCAAAAGAAUA